CGUGUAAGUGGUAUAAGAAGAGUGGGGGUACUGUUGCUCAUCUUCAUUCCGCACUCGCGUACCUACAGCCACAAACGAAGAUGAUGCUUCUACUGGCAGUCAUGGUCUCGGUGUCAUGGUCCCUUGCAACAGGGUUACCUUAUGGGCAUGAAGAAGUCUUCACAACCAUCGAGGGAAUCGUCGAAUCCUUUUCAAUAUCGUUGCUGUUAAGAGCACCAGAAAACCAGGCUGAAAUUGCAGAUGGUUCAGUUGCGAAUAACUCUCUCAUCUCGGAAAGGGCCAGUUACAGUUACGACAUUAGAAGCGUUCCUCAAGGAUGUAGGUGGAACCCAAGUAACAAGUGUACCCUAGACGGACAAUGUGGCGCGAGCUGUCACUGCGAGAAACCAAGAAGGGUCGACGACUGGCAUUGUGCCAAAGGCGGUCAUUCGCCUGGCUAACCGCACGGCAGCCGUAGCAGUGGCACGGCAUCCUUUCCCGUUUCUAGAUCUUGGACUAUAACUUUUUUUCGCUACAAUUGCUCGCAAAUAAAGCACUUAUGGGUCGCACAGCGCCUUCCUGAAGGAUACAAAAGAGUGUAAGAUAUAUUUACUUUAAAAGAACACCGAAUUUCGAAACUGGUAGCAGGCUUUCCUCGACUGGCUUUGUAUCUUCUUUGCAAACAACCGGAAUAAUAAAAUACGCUAAGAUGA